AUGUCCAAGAGAAAAUGCUUUUCGAAGAACAAUUGCUUGACUAAUGGCAACAUCCACGGAACGAAUUAUGAUAUAAUUCAACCGGACUUCCAAGGAUAUCGAUUUACACCGAAAGUGGAGCCAAUGGAAGCAGAGAAUGAUGUGAUUCAUCCAGAACUUGUCGACGAGUAUAGAGAGGUGAUCAAAGCAGUGGUAAAGGAGGAAGGAGAGGAGUCGCCGAACGAAGAGGAGGCUACUAUGAAAAGAAAGGUGAGAGCUUGAAAAUAUAUAAAGGAAGUAUAAUAUUUGGCAUGGGACAGACAGAUUUUUUUAUUUUUUUUUUCAAAGGAAGUGCGAAAUGUUUUUCAAGUUUGGGACUUUAAGCUUGCAAAUUUCAGAGCCAUUUGCGACAUGUAGUUUUUCUAAAUAGAUAAAAUACAGAAACUAAAAAGUUAUGGCCAAAAACUGCUUCUGGCCGGCUCUCCUCAUUUUGUGUGCUCUCUCUGAAACAUGGUUCGCUCGGACCACUGCAAUUUCAAUUUAUUUACACUAAUCACAGGCAAAAAAGUCAUGGAGUGAAUCAUAAUAAUUUCCAUUGCCCGGUCAAGGUAAGAUCGCUCCAUCGGAGGCCAUGAUUCUUGCCAGCAUCGUCGAUCCAUCUCAUCCUGAAGCGCCCAAACGGUCGUGUAUAGGGGGAUGUCGAAUUCAUGCUGAUCACUUGAAAUCCAUUACGAUGAACAGCUACUGUCCCAGGCGAAGCCCUUUGUGCCCGCAACGGCAUGGGUGGACAGGAAAAACCGACCACUCUCCAGGAAGAAAAAGUCGGAAUCGGACCACUGCAAAUUUUUAAAAAAAUCUGGAUGCCCCGCCUGACAAGAUUUGGCGUGGCUCGCAUCUUGCGGAAUCCCUGCAACUUCUAGGCCAGCUUUGAUCUCGAACUAACAUACUUUCUUAUCCAGAAACGAGAAGCUAAGAAGAAACCUGCAUCCCGUAGAAAAACGAUGACUUCAAGAAGAUCGGCCGGCUCGAGUGGCCGAGUACGUCUUUCGACCAAGCAGAAGCUCGAUUCGUCUAUGGGACGAGAAGCAGGAGCCGCUGAGGAGGAUGGCGAAUCGGACGAGGAAGCCACUGAACUAUCUAUGCAAGCUCAGGAUCCGUUGAGUAAAGCAGGACGCUCGCUGGCUUGUAAGUAAUGCUACUUUUUGCAUUUUUUUACAUGGUGCCCCCUUCAGAAUUUUUGGUCAGCUGCGCCCCUGUAACUUGACUCAAAUUUACGGCAUUUUUUAUAAGACAUAUACCACACUCGUAGCUCGGGCGUCUCUGAAACGAACGAGGUUUUUUCUGACCAAAGUUUGAGAAGAUGUGAUACUUUUAUGCAAAUUUUUGAGACGAAAUGUUCCAUAUCCAUUUCCAGUGUGGACGAUGGUGUUUCCUUAAGAAAUCAAUUUUUUUCAUGCGAAGCUGACAAAACUAUGGUCAAAAAUUGUUUUUCUCUAUGAUCGCUCCCCCGGGUUUCGCGUACUCUCUCGGCCUCAAAGUAGUAAUUUGCAAGUUCUCUAACCUGUAAAUCCUUUCAGUAAAGAGAAAAAAAUCUGUGAAGAGGUGCAUCACGAUUAACAGAAUGCAAAUCCAUCAGUUAUGUGAUUCUCCAAACCAGGAAACGGUAGAUUCAAUCCUAACAAAAAUGCCUCGCAUGAAUGUCAGUGGUGAUUCGAUAGCCACGAUUGACGUCAUGCCUUGUAAAGACGACAAGUUUUUUGUGGUGAACGGGGUCAAUGUCUGGCUGGCGGCCAAACAGGCCGACAGAAAAGAGUUGGAAGUGCUCGUAUGGCCGUCUUUGACGCUUGCAGAAAUCGUACUUCUGCGAUAUCAAGAGAGCGAUGAGCUGAAACUUGGGCAUUGGGCCCCCUCACACACUCAAAUUGUAAGGUGUUUGAAUUGAGACAGCCAGAGAUUGCCACGGCUCCGGAGCCGGCUCUUGGCUCCGGCUACGAGCCGGGAGCCAGAGCCGGACCCGGAAAUUUUGGUUGCGACUCCGGCUCCAAAGUCGGAGCCAGGCAUCUCAGCGUUCAGAAAAGUAAAAAUUUCAUGAUCUUGUUAAACCAAAUUGCUUGAGAAAUACUGGGAAGGGUGUGUUGCAUACGACUUGGAUGCAAAAACGUUGGGUGUGUGAUCUCUGGCACUAAUAACUUUUAUUUUUGGAUUUUUUUUGCACGGGAGCCGGGAUUCGGAGCCGGGGACCUUUUUAAAUUUUUCAUGGGAGCCGGAGCUGCAAAUUUGGCCUCGGCUGCGGGAGCUAAGAGCCGGAGUCUCUGUGAGCUAAGAGCCGGAGCCGAAAUUUUGACCAUGGCAAUCUCUGGUGACAGCUAUGACUCUUCAGGUCAAAGAUCUCCGCGCCUUAAUGGACGCAUCAGUGAUUGUUUUCCGAGCUAACGACUUCUCCUCGGACCACACAAUCUCACGUCGAACCGCCAGCCUCAAGGUGGCCGCAUUACCGGCUUUCGUGAAGGAGUUCCACGUGCAGAUCGCCUGCAAGCCGGCCGAACAACGCGACGCCCUCGUACGUCUCCUCGAACUGAUGGAAAAGACGGUCUGGCAGAGGAAGAGCCGCAAAGGCCCGAACAGACGCGGACAGGUGUCGAUUCUGCGCCAGUUCUUUCGCAACUUCGUUUGGUCGAAGCACGGCAAGAACCUGGUCAAAUUGAUUGCGCAGGCCGAAGCGGACGGGACGGUGUUCGACAUUGGAGAUACGGCGUUGUUUUCGGUAAGAGAGAAGAAAACUAUCAGUCUGUCGGGAAAAUAAUGAGCACUCUGUCACAUCCAAAACCGCACCAUCGUCAAGACAAUUAUUAGGUUGAUUUAUAAUUAUCCGGCGGUUUUAUUGGCGCGUUUUUUGUUAGUUAAAAUUUGCGUUUUGUUAAUGUUUUUUUUAUAAAAAUAAUCUUCUCUGGUUAGUCAAUAAAAUGGCAGUCGAAACCCAUACUCAUAUUUGCCACAUCAUGCUCUACCACUUCGAGAAAAGUUGGAAGUCAGCACGGUCAUUCCGCGAUCUCGACGAACUUUUCGGCGAAGGAACAAAAAAUAGACACGAUUUCCCAGUGGAUGAUUCCGCUUCUGUCCCACCACACAUACCACGUAGCCUUCUUACAGUGGACGUCUUUUGGUACUCCUUUGGGCGAAACACCUGCCAAUUUUUUUCCUUCGCCGAAAAAUUCGUUGAGAUCGCGAAAUGACUGUGCUGACUUCCAACUUUCCUCGAAGUGGUAGAGCAUAAUGUGGCAAAUAUGAGUAUGGGUUUCGACUGCCAUUUUAUUAACUAACCAGAAAAGAUUAUUUCUAUAAAAAAACAUUAACAAAACGCAAAUUUUAACUAACAAAAAACGCGCCAAUAAAACCGCGGGAUAAUUAUGAAUCAACCUAAUAAUUUUGUCGCGGCAAAAUCAAAUUCUUUUUCACCUCAGCGACUCAGUGCAAAAUGGGGUUUUUUGCACAGUGCCGCCCAAAAAAACAUAAGAUCUUGAAGAAAAGGCGUUAAUGACGACUUUUAGGAAUCGGAAAAGUACAAGGAUGAAUUUGUGUCGCCAGUUCGUCGCCUUUUCGCAGACAUCAACGACGAGGACAUUGUCUUUCAAUCGGGCGGAUGCUUUCCCCCGGAAAAGGCGAAGGAAGUGAAGCACUUCACAGAUUUGAUGUAAGUCAUCUUUUAUACCUGCCCACCGUUCUUUAGAAAACGUGGAGUUAUUGAAAUGAAUAGGACAGAGUGCAUUGCGACCCUCUGUUUGACGUUCUACAGUAAUCUCAAACAUCCAUGGCCUAUGUCGUUGACGUUUGAUCAAGCGGCCACGGAUGCUCAUGAGGACUUCGCUGGGUUGUUGGAAAAGGAGUUUAACAUGAAAUUCAUCUACCUUGACAUCACUGAAGUAAGUGGUUUGGAUAUUUCCCAUAACUUUGAAAGCGGUGGAUGAAUUCAAUAGAUUCGUAUAGUUAUCAGUACCAGGGAGUUGUUAAUACAAAAUUUGGGGCUUUCCAAGUUCAGCCCCUCAGGAAGGAUAAUUCAAACCCCCCACUGCUUUUGCCCGUUUCAAACCCCAUAAUGAAAAAAAUUUGAAUAAUAAAAAAAUACAAAUCCCCAGUAUCCCUCCAUAAUGUUGGUGUUCACAUUCAGGCGCCGUCGUAUUCCAUACUAAAUGUAUUAUUUUUGGUAUAUCAAACCCCCAACGUUGUACAUCUAACCCCCUACGUUUUUGAUCAAACCCACACUUUUCAGAUUGGAUGAGGGUGUUUGUGCUGGGUUGUGGGGUCUGAACUGGACUGGGGGUUUGUGCUACCUUAUCCCCCAAAAUUUCUAUCAAACCACGUAAAUUACGGGGGAAAAAUCGUUCUAAAUUUCUACCAAGUUUCAUUAAAAUCUGAGCGUGUGGAGUAUCAGUCCAUCGGGAAAAUAAUGAGCACUCUGUCGCAUCGAAAAUUGCAUCACCUCCGAGUAAAUGAAUUGCAUUGUGGCAAAAUCAAAUUGCUUUUCUUUUCAACGACACGAUCGCCGCAUCAUUGUGCUUAUUAUUUUCCCGACAGCUGAUAAUUCGCCUACUGCCCCUCUUAAAGGGCCUGUACAGCUACUUUGAAAAGCGAUUUUCUCGGCUUGGGGUGGCGUUCUGAUAUAACGUUUGUUUUCGUGGUGGAACGCACUGACAAAUUCGGUGCGACUUUUUUUGAUCCAAGAUGAAGAAUAUUAGGUGCAUAACGUACAUUAUUCAGCGUUAUAUAGCUCCAAUUUGUUGUUUUUAUGUGGAGAAUGGGUAAGUCGUUGUUUUGAAAAAAUUUUGUGUGGAUUUUUAGAGAUUUUUGAUGUUGGGGAUGCAUUUUGAAGCAUUUGGGAUAAAUUAUAAGAUAAAAUAGGUUUUAUGAGGUGGAAGGAAGGUAAAUUUGUUCUAGAAGGUUUUGCUAAUUCCAUAUUCAACGAUCCCAACUUUCGUGAAAGCCGCUAAGAACACCGCUUCAACGACUGCUGUUUUGAGUACCUUUCUAGUUAAUUACCCACGUAUUAAACUUGAUUUAUUUAUUGUUCAAAUUCUUGAAAAAGUCUGCAUAAUACAGAAAAUGGCUGCAUCUUCUCCAUUGCCGGUUCUAAUCAAUUUUUCUGGAAUCCACAGCGGUUCUGAUCCCUUGAGCACCUCGGUUUCUUCAGUCAGACGACGUUCGGGCAACGGGAAUUCUGCCUGGAAAACAAAGACAAACAUGAACAAUACAAUGUGAAAAUUAAAGUCAGAUGGAAUAAAAAACAUUAAAUAAAAGUCCCGAAUAAAGCUGCAGGUCUAUAAAACCUAAUUGUGAAGGCCAUGAAACCUAAUUGUCAGGGUAUAUACGCAACAUUACGACGCAUUUUCCACUUAUUUCUACCUAAAAUAAUAUCAAAAAUACAUCAAAUGUCAAAAACAAUGUAGCGUAUUUCAAAAUAACUUCACCCACUCAUAAGCAAAACCUUCUAGACCAAGUUUACCUUCCUUUCACCUCAUAAAACCUAUUUUAUCUUAUAAUUUAUCCCAGAGGCUUAAAAAGGCAUCCCCAACAUCAAAAAUGUCUAAAAAUCCACACAAAAUUUUUUCAAAACACCGACUUACCCAUUCUCCACAUAAAAACAACAAAUUGGCGCCAUAUGACACUGAAUAAAGUACGCUACACACCUAAUAUUCUUCAUCUUGGAUCAAAAAAAGUCGCACCGAAUUUGUCAGUGCGUUCCACCACGAAAACAAACGUUAUAUUAGAACGCCACCCCAAGCCGAGAAAAUCGCUUUUCAAAGUAGCUGUACAGGCCCUUUAACCGACCUUUCCGUUUUUAUCGACUCUUUUCAGUAUGACGCAGCAGUUCUCGACAACCUGCCUCUCAUCCAGCGGAUCAUGGAACUGAAAGGACACACCCAACAAACGCAAUGUCAAUCGAUUGUUAUACGAAGUGACAUUAAAGAUCCGAACAGGGUCAAGCAAAGAAUGCCAAUGCUGACCUCCCAAUUCCCUCCAUAUUCCAUGACGGUGACUGUCAUCAAUGAAAGGAUCUCCAUCAGAGGUUCAUUAGCGGACAAACGGCUCACUUUUCUGCACUAUUUUGGAAGACCGCCGCCUAUUUAUGUCAAGGGCGGUGAGUGCUAUGCGACGUCCAACUUGCACGAGCUGAUGCCGUCGUUGUUUGCGGCGAAGCCGAGCUCGGGCUUGAUGUUUAUUUCGCGAGGCGAUGGUAAGUCCAUAUAUGGCUCAGGACUUGCAAGUCCCGACUUGUAAAUCUUUGUGUGUCCAUAAAAUGUGUCACGAUGACACCGGUUUAAAAUCUAUCAGUGGUUUAAAUAACGGCUGUAUAUGGCUAGGAGCACUCCAUAGAGCAUGAUAAAAAAAUUUGAGAACUGCAGCGGUUCUCGCCGCGGAGAAAAUCCAGAAAAAUCCGGAAAAUCCGCGUAUUGAAAAAGUUUUGAACUUACAAGGGAAGUAUCCCAAGUGCGACGCUCGGAUUUUCUUUAAAUUUUGCACACACGUCGGUCGUGAACUAAGUAUCGAUUCCUGAAAGUUUUAGCUCGCGCUUUGCCGGCGCCGCCGAGAUAUUGAACGAUCUUUGCCGCCGCGAGAGCAUGCUAACCGCGGAGAAUGCUCAGAGAGAAAAACACUUUUUUGGCCAUAACUUCGCAAGUUUUGUGCGGAAAAAAUUUAUUUUUUUGUGGAAACAUUACCCUCUAAGGUAGAAAUAGGCAUGAAACAUUUCGGCAAAAAGUGUCAAAUUUUCGCCGACUUUCGAUCUAAAAAUCUCGGUUGUUUCUGCAAAGCGCGAGCCAGGAUUCUCGCAUAUAUUUUUAAAAAAAUUAUUCUAAAUGUUUACCAAGUUUCAUCAAAAUCUGAGCGUCGCACUUGGGGUCCUUCCCCUGUUAAUUUUUUUUUGGGUGCUCCCGGCAGUAUUCCUAGCCAUAUACAGCUGUUAUAUACACCACUGAAACCCUUUAAACGGGUGUCAUCGUGACACAUUUUCUGGAUACACAAAGAUUUAUAAGUCUCAAAAUAUACAGUGGGGGACCCGAUCCAGUUGAACAAACGUUCCAUUUUGCAUCCGGGAAAUAUCAAAAAUGUGGCAAAAUGCUUCCCUCUCCAACCAGAAAAACAACGUUUUUAGAGCCCUUUCCCUCACAAACAGAGCGGGCGCGCUUUUGAAAUCGGAGUUUUUUCACUUGGAGAGGGAGGUAUUUUGCCACAUUUUUUGAUACUUCCUGGAUGCAAAAUGGCACGCUUUUUUCCAUUGGAUCUGAGUCCCCCACUGUAUAUUCACUGGCCAAUCAGACAUCCAUAACAUUAUUUAGCGCUCAACUUGAACUCUUUCACUUUGCACAUCGCAAAUUUCAAUGGUAUCUGCGUGUAUCCGGACCUGGAAUGUAUACAAGAAGCCAAGAGGUAUACAAAAAGCGCAACAUCAAAGUCUACGAGUACAAGGGACGAACGGCACUACAUUCCCUUCCAUCAGAGCUCAUCCUUCCGGUAUUCGGAGAUACCGGAAUAG